AAUGCUCCAUGUCCAGUGGUGCCAGCACUAGCCCCCAUGUCGGUCUCAGAGAACCUUCUCCCCACCUCUGAGGUGACCUACCGACCCAGAACUAGCAUGGCUUCCAACGGCGCCAGCUCCACAGCGCCGUGCCCAAGUCCAGACAUUCGGGAUCCCAAUUGCUGUCUCUUGGUUCAAAAAUGCCGAAUUUCUACUUAUUCUCUCAGUGAUAUCUCGAAGAUAUCAGUCAACUAUCUUCUGGAUUGCAUUGAUGUUAUUGAGAAGGCAGCCUGCAGUCUAAAAGUCAUGGUUUUAAAGGCGGAACACACCAGGAGCCCCAGCGCAACCCUCCUCCGCAAUGUGCCUUCAUGCAGGUCCCUGUCAUCCAGCGAAGACGGCCCCAGUGGCCCUUCCAGCCUCUCAGAUGGGGGCCUAGCCCACAACUUACAGGAUAGUGUCAGGCACCGCAUCCUCUACCUCUCAGAGCAGCUGAGAGUGGAGAAGGCCAGUCGGGAUGGCAACACUAUGAGCUACCUCAAGCUGGUAUCCAAAGCAGACCGGCACCAGGUGCCGCACAUCCGGCAGGCCUUUGAGAAGGUGAACCAGCGCGCCUCUGCCACCAUCGCCCGGAUCGAGCACAGGCUCCGCCAGUGUCACCAGCCGCUCCAGCAGCUGGAGGAAGGCUGCAGGCCCAAGGGCUUACUGCUGAUGGCAGAAAGCGACCCAGCCAACUGUGAGCCACCCAGCGAGAAGGCCCUGCUUUCAGAGCUCCCCAAGCCAGGUGGGGAAGACGGGCCCGUCAACCUGCCUGAUGCCAGCAGACCCUUCACCUUGGAGAGUCGCUUCCAGAGCUUACAGCAGGGGACGCGCUUAGAGACAGAGGAUGUGGCCCAGCAACAAAACCUGCUGUUGCAGAAGGUAAAGGAAGAGCUGGAAGAAGCCAAGAGGUUCCACAUCAGCCUCCAGGAGUCCUAUCACAGCCUAAAGGAGAGGUCUCUGACUGACCUGCAGCUGUUGCUGGAGUCCCUUCAGGAGGAGAAGUGUAGGCAGGCAUUGAUGGAAGAACAGGUGAAUGGUCGCCUGCAGGGACAGCUGAAUGGGAUUUACAACCUCAAACACAAUCUGGCCUGCAGCGAAGAGAGAAUGGCCUAUCUAUCCUAUGAGAGGGCCAAGGAAAUAUGGGAGAUCAUGGAGACCUUCAAGAGCCGAAUAUCCAAGCUGGAGAUGCUACAGCAAGUCACCCAACUGGAGGCAGCGGAGCACCUCCAAGGCCGUCCCCCGCAGAUGUUGUUCAAGUUCGUGAGUCUGCUCCUCUCACUGGCAACCGUCCUCUUGGUCUUUGUCUCCACCUUGUGUGCCUGCCCCUCGUCACUGAUCAGCUCACGCCUGUGCACUUGCACCAUGCUGAUGCUGAUCGGGCUUGGGGUCCUGGCCUGGCAGAGGUGGCGUGCCAUCCCUGCCACAGACUGGCAGGAAUGGGUCCUCUCCAGGUGUAGACUGUACUCCAAGGACUCUGGGCCUCCAGCAGAUGGACCUUAAGGGGCCAGGAGGGCCACCUGCCUUAGCUUGCUAGCUCCCUCCCUCCUCCUGGGUGUUGAGGGCAUCCAGCAAGCCCUCCCCAGACAGCCCCUCCACAGCUCUUGCUUGCCGAUUAUGUAACCACCAGCCUGGUGAAAUGGAUAUAGACGCCCACCUGCCUCACACUUCCGUUUUGCCAGGAUCCUUUCACGCCAUCGGUAGACAUGAGGCUCGGGAAAACUU